AUGUCUCUCAUUGACCUACGAGAUCCCCCAACCACUCCAUCCGAACCCCCACCCUCCUACGACGAUGUCUCGAAGCCAACUCUCAAUAACACGCUGCCAACACCCUCUCUACGACCACACGUCCGAAGCCUGAGCCAAAUCCAAAUCCAAGGGCGACCCCCUCCGCCUCCGCUAAAUCUAGACGCUUUAAAUCAGCUCAGAGGCCGAAGAGUGAUACUCGCCUCCACCUCCCCACGGCGGAAGAUCCUCAUAGCUCUACUCGGCUUCAAAGACGCCGAAUGCAUCCCCUCCCAAUUCGCCGAAGACCUCUCCAAAAGCUCCCUCUCGCCCUUCGAAUACGUGCAGCAGACCGCCGAAGCCAAAGCCAUGGAGGUGUACCGGCGCGAGAUCGACUCGCCCAAGGGCGAGCCCGGCAUCAUCCUCGCCGCCGACACCAUCGUCGUCAGCCACGCGGGCAUCAUCAUGGAGAAGCCGCGCAGCGAGGCCGAGCAUGUGCGCAUGCUGACGACGCUGCGCGACGAGGGCCCGCACCGCGUCUACACGGCCGUGACGGCGAUGCGGCCGCUGGAGAACGCAAUUGAUCCGGGCUAUGUGUGUCGGACGCAUGUGGAGGAGACGGUUGUCAAGUUUGAUGCUGCUGUCUCCGACGAACUGAUCCUCGCCUACGUCAAAACGCGCGAAGGCGCCGACAAAGCCGGCGGCUACGGCCUGCAAGGCACGGGCUCCGUGCUCGUCGAGCGCAUCGAGGGCUCCCACGACAACGUCAUCGGGCUGCCGCUGCGCUCGACGCUGCGGCUCAUCGAGCUGAUCAUGCAGCCGGAAGACGAGCUGGACGACACGUAUGUGAAUAGUGACGACGACGAGGCUUGA